AUAUGGAGAAUGGAUGGAAGUGGAAGGUUCUGCGAUGGCCAAUCAAUCACCUGAGCCGAAUCCAUUUGAACUCCAUUUCACCUGCUGAAAGCAAAACGCCUCAAGAAAAAGCAGGAACUGUGCAGUAAAGACCUGGCAGAGCACCACCAGUGAAGAAACCCAGUGUCUGGUGAGGUAUAUAGGUUCCAGUCUUCAAGCAGUCAUUAACCCACAAUUACUUUUGGUCCCUUAAAGCUGAAAGUCUAAAGCUGAGAUAAUAACUUUCACAAUGUCCAGAAAAGUGUCUGAGUACUUAUUUCCUCUCACCGUUCAUAUCUGCUGGGCCUCUACGAAUAAAAAAAAAAAAAAAAAAAAAGUACUAUCUCAGACAUGAUAUUCUGCUUGUCCCUGGUCCUUGGGCUACUGACUUGUCCACCGCUGUGAGGCUCCCUGGCAGGAGCGAGACUAUAAAAGGAUUUCGAUUUGGAAAAGACAUUUAAGUGAAUGGAAAGUAAUGAAAGCCGAACUGAAAACGAAGGAAUCGUACCGUAUCAGGACCAAGUAUUGCUGAGAAGCCGGGUAGCUUGUUCAAAUUUUUUUUUUUUUUUUUUUUUUUAAACAAUCUUGCUUCUUCAGUGUCUAUAUUUUUUUAAUAUAUAUAUAUAUUUUCUCCACGUCUGUUCUCCAAAUCUGAACACACACACAUUUAUAUACAUUCCUCAGUGUGCAACGGAUUGACUCAAUUUGUUUUCAAUGUGCUUUUGUGUGUGGAACAGAAAUGCAGGGAAAUGCGCCAAGCUCAUAAACAAUAACAAAAACCAGCUGCAGGCCUGACAUGCCGAGAGAAAAUUCGGUGAGUGAGGUGCCUGAAGAUGAGGCGCUGAUGCGUCUGCAGCUGCAGCCGGAGGGCGACCUGUUCACCUGCUGCGACGGCACAGAGGAGAUCAGCCAGAGUUCCUCUAAUGACACACCUGCACCUGAGCGAACCGUUUGCCAGCCCUGCAGCACCGGUUCUCAGUUGGUUCCCCCCACCAGAGGGGAUGUAACCAGUGAGGAGGAGGAAGAUGAUGAAGAGGUGAUUUUGAGUGAAGUAGGUGAAGGGCAGAGUGAAGAGGAUGAAAGCCAGGAGGAGGUAUUGGAGGAUGAGGAACAGGAGGGAGCAAAACAAGAGGAUGUGGCUGAUUCAGACUCCAUUAAUGAAGUGAAGGAAUCUCAGGAACAGGAGGAUGAUGUGGUCGAGCAAGAAGUCAUGAAGAGUCACACCAUCUCUGGAAAGUUAAUGGCAGACGCUGCACCUCUAGACAAAUCCAAAGCUCUAGCAGAUACUAAAAUUGCUGAAGAACCAGGCGUUGCACAAGCUAAGGAGUCUGUGGAGGUGGAGAAGGUUGUAGAAGAACCAGGAGAGGAAGCAUUGACUGAUCCUGCUGCCAAGGAGAAGCAACCAUUUGCGAAGGACUCUGAGUCAGAGGAGCCAGCACGCAAAAGCUCAGUGAAAGGGAAAACACCUCCAGGGGGUCCUAAGAUGAGGGACCGGUCUCACAUUGACAACACGCUACGUCUGACUAUGACUGACCCUGCUCUGCGCUUUUCAGCCAUCGUGAAGAAGCUGCAACACAUUUACCACUCAGCCAUCAAGCCUUUGGAGGAGGCGUACAAGUACAAGGAGCUCAGACAGCACGAGGUCUCAGAUGCUGAAAUCGCCUCCAAACCCAUGGUGCUGUUUCUUGGCCCCUGGAGCGUCGGCAAGUCCACCAUGAUCAACUACUUGCUGGAUCUACAUAACAAACCACAAGAACUCUACACAGGUGCCGAGCCCACUACCUCAGAGUACACAGUAAUAAUGCAUGGCGAGAAAGUGCGCACCAUUGAGGGCAUCGUCAUGGCAACAGACACCACCCGCUCGUUCUCGACCCUGGAGAAGUUCGGCCAGGGUUUCCUGGAGAAGCUGGUGGGCGUCGAAAUGCCACACAAGCUGCUGGAGCGGGUCACGCUCGUCGAUACGCCGGGGAUCAUCGAAAACCGCAAGCAGCAGGAGAGAGGUUAUCCCUACAACGAGGUGUGCCAGUGGUUUAUCGAUCGAGCAGACCUGAUCUUCCUGGUUUUCGAUCCCACUAAGUUGGAUGUGGGCCUGGAGCUGGAGACGCUUUUCAGGCAGAUGAAGGGGCGCGAGUCGCAAAUCCGCAUCAUCCUGAACAAAGCUGACAGCCUGGUGCCGCAGGAUCUGAUGCGUGUGUAUGGUGCUCUCUUCUGGAGCCUGGCACCACUGAUCAACGUGACGGAACCGCCACGUGUCUACGUCGGCUCAUUCAAGCCUCAGGACUAUGCACUCGAUACUGCCCAAAAACUCUUCAUUCAUGAGGAGAUCUCCCUCCUGGAGGACCUAAAGCAGGCCAUCGAGAACCAGCUGGAGAACAAGAUCGCCUUUCUGCGGCGCCACGCCAUCCGUGUUCGCGUUCAUGCUCUCCUGGUUGAUCGUUAUCUCCAAACAUACCACGAGAAGCUUGGCUGGUUCGGCGACCCACAAGAGGUGAUGAAGGAAAUCGUGGAUCAGCCUGACCGGUUCUACAUCUACAAAUCGGUGCUGGCCAAAACCAACGUGAGCAAGUUUGAUCUGCCAGGGCCAGAGGUGUACCAGGACUUUUUCAAUGUGAAUGCACUGAGAGAUUUCAAGCUGCUGCAGAAGCACUGUGGCUGGAGGGGUGGCUGCUUAUUGGAGAAGAUGGAGAGCGUCAUCACACAGGAGCUGCCCGCUCUGCUGGCCAGCCUCGGCAAAACGGAGGAGGCACCAAAUGUGGAGAAGCCCAAGGUAGUGGAGAAGCCCAAGGUAGUGGAGAAGCCCAAAGCAGAGGACAAGCCCAAAGCAGAGGACAAGCCCAAGGUAGAAGACAAGCCCAAGGUAGAAGACAAGCCCAAGGUAGAGGAAAAGCGCAAAAACCCCUGGAGGAGGCAGUGAAGGAUGAAGUGUGGGAGAGGACAGAGGGUGGAGGCAGGGAUUAAUAUUUGUGGGUCGCACAACAGCUUUUAUUCAUACUGGACUCUGGGCAUCGAGCCAGUAAAAGUGUGAAUACAUGAGUAAAGCAUUAAAUAAAGGCAUUAAUUAAGAAAUAGAAAUUGAGUAAAGGAAUGAAUGAAGGAAUGAAUGAAUGAAUUAAUUAAUGAACCGAUGGGUGGACGGAUAAAUGAAUGAUCAGUGGGUGUACGGAUGACUGUUGGAUAAAAAAUGAACAGGGACCGAGGUCAAAACUUUUCAGUCAAAGGCCACAAACAGUCAAAUCAAAAUUGAAAACAACUAAAAGACUUUAUUUUCAGCUUUUACUGGACUGAAAUGUAUGACAAAAUAAUCUUCCAGGUACAUUAUACACUGUAUGUACAGUAAGUUAUGAACACAACUCUUGGUCGAUUCUUUUCAUUUCAGUUUUCCAUCUUAUUUCUCACUUUCCAUUCACAGAAUGCGUCAGGAUGUUUUGAUCUUACUCGUUUUUGUUUAAAAAUAAAAAAGUUAGUCUAAUCACAGCACAUCUCAAUUUUCUAACUUCACAAUACAUUUAGCUCCUGAAUGUUUUCGAGUUAUUCAUUUUGAUGAAUGUGUGUGGUGCUGCAUGUGAAAUGUAACUUCUAAUUAAAGUUUUCCUGUUCUACAACGCGUCA